AUGUUAUUAAAAUUGUGUUGAAUUUUGAUAACUGUUAUCUGUUUGUUUGAUAAAUUAAAAUUUAAUUGGUUAGGUGCAAAAAACAGGUUACUAAACCGGGAACGAUGCCGAAACAUAAGAAAAAGGAAGAAAGUUCCAGCAGCGAUAGUGAUGAAGGUCCUAUAGAUAGAAACCCACCUCCUGAGAAAAAAGCCAAAAUGGGGUCAAGAACUGAUGACAAAGAGCCAACCUGGGUAUUGCAAGGCAAAAAAUUAGUAAAAGUUCGGGAAUUCAAGGGAAAAGUGUAUGUAGAUGUAAGAGAAUUCUAUGAAAAAAAUGGCGACUUGUUACCAGGAAAGAAAGGAAUAAGUUUAACUCCAGAACAAUGGCGUAAACUAUUAUCACUUGGUGAUGAAAUAAAUGAGACCAUCAGCACUUUAUGCUAAGCAUGAAAAUGAAUGUUAUAAUUAUUNUUGAUAUUAUAAGUAAUUAUUAUCUGUGUUGAUACUAAAUAUUCCUUAAAUAAACUUUAUAAGCA